GCAAAGUGUAAUUAGCAAAAUCAUUCCCGAUCGUUUAUCUAUAGAGAAUUAUAAAGAAAAUGAUCAUCGGAAAGAGUAGUAGUAGUUUGAUGCAAAAGAAGAGUUUGAUCUUGAUGAUGGUCAAUUCAUUCUCUCGAACAAGUUUGAAAUACAAUAAGAAGCAAUUUUCUGCUAAUUUAUUGUCAUUGACCACAACAAGUAAUCAAUCAGUGAGCAAUUCAACAUCCUCAUCAGUUGAAAAUACAUUGAGUAAGGAAAUUAGAGAGAAAAUUAUGGAAAAUCAAAAGGUGAUUGCUUCUCAAUCUGCAAAUAAGAAGAAACAAAAUCUUGUCAUUUUGGGUUCUGGAUGGGCUGGCUUUCGUUUGAUUAAAAAGAUUGAUUUGGAAAAGUAUAAUGUUAAUGUAGUGACUCCGAGAAAUCAUUUCCUUUUCACUCCAUUAUUGCCUGGGUCUGCUUGUGGUACAGUUGAAUUGAGAUCAAUUAUUGAACCUGUGAGAAGAGCAGUUCAUCACGAAGAUUAUCAUUACUAUGAGGGAAAGGCAGUUGCUGUUGAUACUGAAAAUCAAAGAGUUAUUUGCAAGCCAAAUUAUGAAAAUGAUCCAAAUUUCACACUUCCAUACGACAAGUUGGUGGUUGCAGUUGGAUGUGACGUGAAUGAUUUUGGAAUUAAGGGAGUAAAGGACUAUACCUUCCCAUUGAAAGAAAUUUCACACGCCAGAACUAUCAGACAACAAAUUACUCAAUGUUUUGAAAGAGCUUCCAAUCCAUCCACUCCAGUUCACUUACGUGAAACUCUAUUGCAUUUUGUCAUUGUUGGUGCUGGUGCAACUGGUGUAGAGUUUGCUGCUGAAUGUCACGAUUUGAUUAGAGAUUUGUCAAGAAACUUCCCUCCAGAAAUCAUGGAGGAGGUCAGUAUGACAGUAAUUGAGGCAGGAAGUACUGUCUUGUCUGCAUUUGAUUCUUCCCUUCAAAAGUAUACUCAAAAAUUCUUCCGUAGAAAUCACAUCAAGAUUAGAACCAAUCAACAAGUUAAGGAGGUACUAUCUCCAAACUCACUCAAACUUCAAGAUGGAUCCAUUAUUGAGUGUGGAAUGAUUGUUUGGAGUGCUGAAAUUUCCCAAGGAAGACAACUUCCAAUCGAUCCAAAAACUAAAAAGAUUAUUGUGGAUGAUCAUUUACACGUGAAGGGAUUUGAUAAUAUUUGGGCCUUGGGUGAUAUUUCGCUCAUUGAAACUGUUCCACUUGCAGCCACUGCACAAGUAGCCCAACAGCAAGGACUCUAUGUGGCUCGUCAUUUGAAUGGUGAAAUUGAGGAGAGUAAGCCAUUUGUUUACCAUCACAUGGGUCAAUUGGCCUAUAUUGGUAAUUAUAGAGCUAUUAGUCAAGUUGGUGCAGUCAAGAGUGGAGGUUUCUUGAGUUGGCUCUUUUGGAGAUCUGCCUACAUGACAAGAUUAGUCUCAAUCAGAAACAAAUUCAAUGUCUUACUCAAUUGGACCUCAACCUUUUGGUUUGGAAGAGACAUUAGUAGAUUUUAA